AUGUACGGAGGCUCUGGCACCACGACAGUGCCGCCUGUUACCUCGAAAUAUGACGAAAAAGUACCGCCGCCACCAUCUGGUGGACCGUUUGUACCGCCGCCAAAAGCACCAAGGGGUGUAAAAGCGAUGGGAAACUUAGGCGAAGAGUUUAAAGGUUUCUCCGCACCGCCGAAAGUUACGGACUACAACAACGCUGAUUACUCUGCGUAUACGUUAUCUGAUACUUACGAUGAUACGAGCUCUAGCGGUCAAGGUUUCCUGGAUAGGGUUACAUCAAAUCCAAGAGCACGACAGUGUCUUGCAAGUAUCAAAAUGGGAUUCAAAAUGGGAGGCGCUGUCGGUGGCAUAUUUGGUGGUAUCACCGGAGUAUACACAGCAGUAAGACACCGCAACAUCAUGGUAAUACCAAUUUCUAUGAUUGGAGGUGCUGUAAGCUUCGGGUUCUUCCUAGGUUGUGGCAUGGUAGUAAGAUGUUGA